AUGACCAUAACAACUGUCCGUGAUCUUAGGAGGAUGCUGCCUAAGACAUAUGAUCACAGGAGGGAGGUCCUAUCAGAGGUCUGUAUGGUUCUGUCUCAGCACAAAAACCUCGAGGCUGUGAAGGACAAAUUUGUCUUUAAUGAUGGGACAGUGAAGAACUUGAUAAGUUUGACUGGAACUGUCAUGGUGUUUUAUGAAGGUAAACGUUACAACAUUCCUGUGUGUUUGUGGCUAAAUGAAAGUUAUCCAAGAAGUGCCCCCAUCUGCUAUGUGAAACCCACCCGUGAUAUGAUGAUUGUGUCAAGUAGACAUGUCAACAGCAAUGGAGAGAUCAUGUUGCCUUAUCUGGAUGAAUGGAGACACACGCAGUGUGAUCUUCACAGUUUGAUUCAGGUUAUUAUGGCUGUUUUUAGUGAAGUUUCUCCAGUGUGCAUACUUCAAGUAGACUUUUUCUCCUUUUUUGAGAAGAUCUUUAAAGUGUGCAACAGUCCGCGUCUGAUUGUGCUCAAAAUUUAA